CGCGCCCCAGCAUCCAAUUUGGCGCACUUUCAUUCAUCUUUUGGAACUCUACUGUUGCAUAGCCUAUGUGCAAAAUACACCAUGUCGUAGCACUGGACUAACUGGAAUGAGCCUUAUGUGUUGUGACUGCGAACAACUAAGAUGAAUACUACUUUGGACCCACUUUCAGCAUCUCUUCUUUACAACGAGGAAGAUGGAAACAAAACCUUCAGCAACCUUUUCGAGCAACCGGACUGGCAGGUGGCACUAUGGGCAAUUGCAUACACCUUAAUCGUAAUUGUUUCCGUCGUUGGCAAUGUCACAGUUAUCUGGAUCAUUUUGGCACAUAAACGAAUGAGGACAGUGACCAACUUCUUUAUUGUAAACCUCGCUUUCUCGGAUGCGUCAAUGGCAACUUUCAACACCGUCUUCAAUUUUGUGUAUGCUUUGCACAAUGACUGGUAUUUCGGUUUAGGAUACUGUAAAUUUCAAAACUUCUUUCCAAUAACAGCUAUGUUCUCAAGCAUUUAUUCAAUGGCAGCUAUUGCUGUGGACAGAUAUAUGGCUAUAAUCCAUCCCUUGAAACCCAGGCUGUCCUCCACCACUACUAAAGUCCUGAUCGGGCUCAUCUGGGCCGUGGCAUUUGCUUUGGCCUUUCCUCAGUGUUAUUAUGCCAGUACCAAGUUCUUCUUUCCUCGGACUGUCUGUAUGGUGGAAUGGCCUGGAGAUUAUGGAGGGAAGCAUCAGCUCUCGUACCAGAUUGCUGUGAUUAUCCUAAACUACUUACUCCCUCUGCUGGUGAUGCUGGUCACCUACAGCCUGGUGGGCCGGAGGCUGUGGGGCAGUGAGAUCCCUGGAGAAGCAUCAGACCACUACCAGAAUCAUAUCCAGGCAAAACGCAAGGUUGUGAAGAUGAUGAUAGUGGUGGUGAUGACCUUUGCAAUAUGCUGGCUCCCCUACCACAUCUAUUUCAUUCUGGGGAGCUUCAACAAGGACAUAUACAAGCAACAUUACAUCCAGCAGGUCUACCUGACCAUCUUCUGGCUGGCAAUGAGUUCAACCAUGUAUAACCCCAUUAUUUACUGCUGUCUAAACCAAAGAUUUCGCUCAGGAUUCCGCAAAGCAUUCCAGUGCUGUCCAUUUGUGAAGAUAUCCGAGGAGGACAACAUGGAACUACAGCACAUGAUAACCUUACACAUGAGGCGCAGUUUUCGCACAGAGACCGCCAGUGUUGUGGUCCGCAACCAUGCAAGCGACCCAGAAGAUACCACAUCCACACUUAUCAAAGCUUAAGGCCUCUAAAAAUCAAGCAUGGGCACGCUUUGCACUCAAUACCUCACAGCUGGAUUUGAAUUUCACUCCUAUUAUGUUGUGUGGGGGUUCUGUGGGCUUUACAGUUGGAGUAUUAAUGUACUCUUAUGGCAUAAGCACCAAGCCUUAUUUGUUUAUGUAUUGAUGAUUAAUGUACUAAGUAUACAUACUAUACACUACAGUGUAUACAGUGCUUUAUCACACUGUAAAAUAGCAAUGGGUUAGAAAUGGCAUACUCAAUAUUGAAUUUGUUCGAGGAUCUGUUACAUUUCUAAAAGUAAGGGUUCUUCACAUCAUCAUUACAGUAUCUUACAGUACCAAGAACCAUUUUAUGCUAUAUAUAUUAUUAUGGUUUUCUUGAAUGCGUGUUUCGUGGUUUACAAAAAAUACAGAGAAUUAGUUUGAAAACAAAAAGAAAAUGGGACCAUUUUGUAACUGGAGUGAUUAUUUUAAUGAGCGUAUCCAUCCCAGUAUAAAUACUGUUUACUGCAUGUACCAUUAGCUUGUGAAUUGUAGAUGCAAAAUACUAAAAAAUAUAUAUUCCAAAAUUAUCUAUAGUGAUCAGUAACAUUAUUUAACUAUAAUUGAAACUAAAGUGUUACAGUUUUACCGUAAACAAGGAAGCUCAAAAUCAAUGGUUCUUAAUGUUUACAUGUAUUACGUAUAAAUCUGCAUGUAUGUCCAAACACUUGUUAUAAAUGUGCAAAGAAAUGUGCAGUUUUUGGUGCAAAGAAAAUAAAGUGUCAUUGGAUUGAUAUCAGAGUUUAUUCCGCUGGGUUUUACUGUCUGGAUUUAUUUUUACAUUUAAUUUGGCAUGUUACCAAAAAAUUAAAAACUAGUAGUACUAGUGUGUGUGU